UGUAUAUUCCUCCCUAAGUGCCACCCCCACCAACUCACUAGAAGUUAGUAUUGUAUAUAUAUUUGAACAUUCCUGAGAAAUUUUUGAAGACGAUGGGGUAUGAUGUGCCGGAGGGAGUUGAAAUAAGGGGAAGAUAUGAUGAAGAAUUUGGUGGAAUUUUGAGUAAAGAUGCUCUGCAGUUUGUGGCGGAUUUGCAGAGAGAGUUUAAGAAAGAUAUUGAGUAUGCUAUUGAUUGCAGGAAGGAGGCUGAGGCGAGGUACAGUAAUGGGGAGUUGCCGGGAUUCGACCCGGCAACCAAGCUCAUCCGAGACGGCGACUGGGUCUGCGCCGCAGUGCCGGAGCCGCUGGCUGAUCGGAGGGUGGAGAUCACUGGCCCUGUGGAUAGGAAGAUGGUCAUCAAUGCCCUCAAUUCCGGAGCCAAGGUUUUCAUGGCUGAUUUUGAGGAUGCACUUUCACCAACUUGGGAGAACUUGAUGAGAGGGCAGGUUAACUUAAGAGAUGCUAUCAAUGGAACUAUAAUGUUCCAUGACAAAGGCAGGGACAGAGUUUACAAGCUCAACCAACACACUGCGACACUCUUUGUCCGCCCCAGAGGCUGGCAUCUGCCGGAGGCUCACAUCCUCAUCGACGGCCACCCCGCCACUGCUUGCCUUGUCGACUUCGGCCUCUAUUUCUACCACAAUCACUCCCUAUUUCGCCAAACUCAAGGAAAAGGAUUUGGACCCUUCUUCUAUCUCCCUAAAAUGGAACACUCCAGGGAAGCCAUGAUAUGGAACAGAGUGUUUGAGAAGGCGGAGAAAGUGGCCGGAAUUGACAACGGGAGCAUCAGGGCCACCGUACUCAUUGAAACACUCCCGGCCGUCUUUCAAAUGGAUGAAAUUCUCCACGAGUUGAAAGAUCACUCGGCCGGAUUGAACUGCGGCCGAUGGGACUACAUUUUCAGCUACAUCAAGACAUUCCAAGCUCAUCCCGACCGACUUCUUCCCGACAGAGUCCAAGUCUCCAUGACUCAGCAUUUCAUGAAAAGCUACUCCGACUUGCUCAUCAAGACUUGCCAUAGACGCGCCGUCCACGCUAUGGGAGGAAUGGCGGCUCAGAUUCCAAUCAAAGAUGAUCCGGAGGCGAAUGAGGCGGCUAUGGAGCUGGUGAGGAAGGACAAGCUGAGAGAAGUGGAGGCAGGGCACGACGGGACUUGGGCAGCCCACCCGGGCCUAAUCCCAACCAUCAUGGAGGUUUUCAGCGGCAGGAUGGGCGACAAGGCCAACCAGAUACAAGACGAGGCAGAUGCAUCAGGCGCCUGCACAGAGGCCGACCUGCUCCAGCUGCCAAGAGGCGUACGCACCAUGGAGGGCCUACGCCUCAACAUAAGGGUCGGAAUCCAAUACCUGGCAGCGUGGCUCAAGGGAGUAGGAUCAGUGCCGCUUUAUGGCCUAAUGGAGGAUGCUGCCACGGCUGAGAUAAGCCGAGCGCAGAUUUGGCAGUGGAUCAAAUAUGGGGCGGAUUUGGACGGAGACGGGCUGGGCGUCAAGGUCACACCUUCCCUAUUCGACAGAGUGGUAGCUGAGGAAAUGGCGAGGAUUGCGAGUGAGGUCGGGAAGGACAGAUUUGAUAGUGGGAGGUAUGAUGAGGCUUGCAACCUAUUCACAAGGCAAUGCUUGGCACCAAAGUUGGAUGAUUUUCUCACCCUUGAUGCCUAUAGCAAAAUUAUUGUGGUUGAUUAGUCUUGCAUUGUCUGAAGAUUGGAUUUGUGUUGCUUCUUCAUGUUAUGAUUGUCUCCAAGUCUACAACUUGUCAAUGUGAACUAAUGUUUGUUCUGUGUGUGAA